CCGUCUUGGAUGCGCAGCCGGGAGUACUGGGACGACAGCUUCGAGGCUAGAUAUGCUGAGCUCAGAAAGGAUCCCAAAAGGCCACCCCUCAAGGUGAUCCUCAUGCCACACAGCCACACAGACCCUGGCUGGUUGAAGACCUUUGAGCAGUACUUCCACAGUUCAACCCGCUCCAUCCUCAACAACAUGGUAACGAAACUCCAACAGUGGCCAAACAUGACAUUCAUCUGGAGUGAAGUCUCGUUCCUAUCGCUGUGGUGGGAAAGUGCCCAUCCAACCAAGAAGGCUGUGGUGAAACGUUUGGUGAAGGAGGGACGCCUGGAGAUGACCACUGGUGGUUGGGUGAUGACAGACGAGGCCACCUCCCACAUUUACGCUAUGCUCGAUCAGCUCAUUGAGGGACACCAAUGGUUGAAAUCUAAUCUAGGCGUCAUCCCGGAGUCCGGUUGGUCAGUGGAUCCCUUCGGCCAUGGCUCGACAGUUCCGCACUUGCUUAAAGCCUCUGGAAUAAGUGGCACAAUAAUUCAGCGUAUUCACUACGCGUGGAAGCAGUGGUUCGCCAAGAAGCAGUACGGUGAUUUCGUCUGGUUGCAACCCUGGGAUCAAAUCGGUGCGUACGACAUCCUGACCCACAACCAGCCCUUCGACAUCUACAACAUCAAGCACUCCUGCGGUCCACACCCUCACGUUUGCCUGAAUUUCGACUUCCGGAAGAUACGUGGUGAGUACACCGAGUACUCGGUCCGCGCUGUCGAUAUCACUCCAAACAACGUCAAGCAGAUGUCAGAAUUGCUGCUAGAGCAGUACUCGAGAACGGGUUCUCUCUUUCCCCACAACGUAGUUCUGAUACCUCUGGGUGAUGACUUCAGAUACGAUCAGCAGAUCGAGUGGGACCAGCAGUACACCAACUACAAAAUCCUAGUGGACUACAUCAACAGUCGAAAGGACGAAUACAACGCUGAGAUUAUCUUCGGUACACCCAAGGACUACUUCCACGAGAUUCAAAAGAGAACCGAGAAAUUUCCAACACUGGCAGGUGAUUUCUUCGUGUAUUCGGACAUCUUCAGCGAGGGUAGACCAGCUUACUGGAGCGGUUACUUCACAACCCGACCAUACAUGAAGAUCCUCGACCGAGAGCUCGAGGCAAAUCUCCGAUCAGCCGAGAUUCUCUACUCAAUUGCUCUUAACGUGGCCCGCCAGAGUGGCCACGAUAUAAAACUCUAUGAGACCUACUUCGAGAAGCUGGUGAAAGCCAGAAGGAAUCUCGGUCUUUUCCAGCAUCACGACGCCAUCACAGGAACAUCCAAGUCCUUCGUUAUGAAGGACUACGCCCUCAAGAUGUUCGAGUCAAUCUCCGAUAUGACAAGUCUUCAAAGCUUCGCCAUUCAAUCACUAGCUGCAACAAACGUCAAGACCACGACGAUCUACGUUCUACCAGAGUCCGAUCGAGACAGCUACGAAAAAUUACCGAAGAAAAUACCGAUAACGAUCAAUGGACGUGAAACCCGAAGUGUUGUUCUAUUCAACUCUCUGGCACAGCCUCGCCAAGAAAUAGUGAGCUUGCGAGUGAAUUCACACCGAGUCAGAGUGUUGGAUCCCAAGGGGAGACCAGUCCCUUACCAAAUAGCACCUGUUAUGAACGCAACAAGUAUAACCCACGACACCUACGUCCUCCUCUUCGUGGCUGACUUAAAGCCCUUAACCAUAGCUACAUAUCAAGUGGAGCACAUCGACAAAGUCCCAAUGGAAUCAAUUUCCACGGUUUACUGCAACAGAUGUGGCAAGGACACUGUAUUUCCAAUAAAGCCAAUGCAGUCCAGUGACAUCCAACUAGAGAAUCACCGGAUGAAGCUCCUUUUCGAUGGGCAAACUGGAUUCUUGAAGAGAGUCACCAAAAAAUCAACCGGAAAAGUUAUGCAGUGUGCUAUUCAAUUCGCUGCGUAUGCGUCAGCUCAGUUUCAUUCUGGGGCGUAUCUCUUCAUGCCUGAUCCAAACCUCAGGGAUCAGGACAAGGAUAUCCUGGAGGCUUACACACCUCAUCAGAAGAUUUAUAUUGUAUCGGGGAGUCUGAGUUCAAGGCUGACCGUUGAGUAUGGAAAGCUGUUGGCACAUCAUGUCUCGAUCUUUCAUCACGAUGGCCCUCUGGCAGAAGCUAUCUAUUUGAGGAACGUCGUCGAUUUCGAAACACCGCCCAAGAACAGAGAGACUGAGAUGUUCAUGAGAAUACAAACAGAUAUUCUUAAUGGAGAUCCACCCGAAUUUUAUACCGAUCUCAAUGGUCAUCAGAUGGUCAAACGACGGAAGAUCGAGAGAAUUGGGAUAGAGGGGAAUUAUUAUCCGAUAACGGCGAUGACGUACAUCGAGGAUAGUGCGCACAGGCUGACACUUGUUGUCAAUCAUGCACAGGGUGCGGCUAGUUAUCAGCCCGGAUGGCUCGAAGUGAUGCUGGAUAGACGAACACUUUACGAUGACUCGAGAGGAAUGGGCGAGGGCUUGCUUGAUAACAGAAAGACCGUUUUGAAGCACUGGAUGCUGCUCGAGGAUAUCAGCGGUGAGAAGGGCUCAUAUUCGAAGCCCUCGUUAUUCGCUAAUCACAUCAGCAAUGCACUCAAUUAUCCCAUCAACAUGUUCAUUGUUGAUGGGAAUGAGAGCGACAUCAGGAUGAAAUCCGAGGUGAAAUUGCUCAGUCAGAGUUUCCCUUGUGAUCUUCAUUUGCUUAAUCUGAGGACCAAUCAUGAUCAGAAACUGCCCCAUUUUCCUGUUAGCAGUGCUUUAAUGGUGUUACACAGACAGGGGUACAGCUGUGCUGUUGGCGCUGAUGUUGCCUUGAAACAUUGCCCUCUUAGUGAUAAGUUGAGUUCGGGAACUGGGUUUUACAAGUUGGGGAGUGUCAAUGUCACGAGGACUACUGUCACUGGAACGAGGAGUAAAAAAUAUCUCGAGGAUGGAUUUAUGGGGAUUAAUCCCAUGCCCAUGGAGAUUGAAACGUAUAAUGUGCAGUUUUUACAGUGAGUGUGGGGCAGGCGUUAGAGAAUCUUGGAAAAAGUUUCUAUACGCAUUUCCAACGGAAUCAGUCCAUUCUAGAGGUUUUUUUCGGGUGUGAAAUUAGCGGAUUCAAAUAUUUCAUAUAUGAAGCGUAAAUUCCGGGUAGUAUCACUGGGUAUCUGUAUAGAAACUUUUUAUGUGAUUUUUCCUUACUUCUGGAACUCGAGGGUUUUUUUUUUCGGGGGAUAAUGGCCUGCGCUGAUCACUUUUAUAGGAUUUAGUAGAAAAUUUUAUUAUAAAUGCACUUGGGGGUUUCAGUUUGACUUGGGAUUUUUUGGGAGUAUUUAUUAAUUUGACUAGGAAAUUUUAAAUUGUUUAGACUGGCUUCUGUUACUCCUGUGUUUGAGUAGAGGACCACUUUCGAUAGAUUGUGUGUUAGCAAUUAUCGCAGAUCUAGUAAUAAAGUGAUGAAAUGGAACGAGUUGGAAAUUAAUUGAUUUAGUGGGUAAAUUAAAAAACUCGUCUAUUUCCUCAUUUUUCGAGUGAUUUGGAAAAAUGAAGUAGAAUAAUUUAUAACGAAUAUAUUAACUAUUGAAUCAUGAAGUUGAGGUGAACAAAAUGUUGAUACUGUUCUUCCAAUUUUUCAUUGCGAGUGGAAGGUAAAUUUUUUAAAGUGCAUUUUCGAGGUUUAAAAAAAUUGUACAUACUAAGAUUAAUUGUAAGAGUAAACGUGACAUUGUGAGUGAUGCUGUGAGGAAUCUCGUGCAAUGAUCUGAUUGUGAUUAAACUCCAUCAAUUCAUUGGUUUAUUAAAAUCAAGGGGAUUUUUAUCAUUUUAUUGAUUUAUGAUAUUUUUUGAAUUCAUUUUCAUGGAUUAUGUGAACUGGGGUAUAGGCCGUGAAUUCCAGGCGAUUGCGCCGAUUCAUUCGAUGAAAUAAUUUUUUUUUAACGCUUAACGAUUUACGAGUACAUGCAUUCUGUAGUGUAUGAAAAAAGUGGGAUUUAUCUCAUUGCGUUAACACACGAUAUUCCUGAGCUAUGGAAAUAAUUCACAAUCCAAUAGUUAUUGUGUCAGUAUUUUUCUAUCUCUCUGAUUAAUUUCUACCCCACAACACAACAGCUGCAAUCUCCACUUAUUUUGUAUUAUUUUCAGUAUUUCCUGCCCUCUCUGGCCAUUUCUGUUGUCAUUUUUUUGUUUUAUGAAAUCCAAUUUCUGAAGAUAUUGAAUUUUCUCACGGUGUGCGCCGAGAUAUUACGGAAACAGUCGUUGUAAGAAUACUGUACCAUACCUACGUGUUUGUGCUGUCUUUAGGAAAAACAAAAUGAAAUAAAGGAACAAGAACUGUACGACGGAUGGAAGAAAUCAGAGAUAUAUAAAUAGUUAUAAAUAUUAUAAAUAUUAUAAUGUAACUGAACAGAACGAGAUGAACAUAUAUAAUAUAUAUUUGUAACUGCUCUCGAGCGAUCUCCGAUGGUAGAAAAUAAAUUGAAUAAAACGAAAUUUAAAUAAUGCGAGGGGACACUGGCGGUCGUUCGAAGGGUGGACGAUCUAUUAUGAUUAUUACGAUUAAAGUGAAUAUUCCUUGCGUUACUAUGUAACAUCCAAUAUUUAUUGAAUAAAGAUAAUGAGUCGUAUUUUUAAAUUUUCCCUCUUAUAAUUAUUGCUACAGGUCGUCUAGUCUCUUAUCCUUUAAAAUUUUAAUUUCCCAUUGGCAGCUUUUGAUGGAGUUUUUAUUGAAUGCAGGAACGUGCAGGAGCUUGUGGUGAAGAGUAAUUACAAACACUUCACAGGAUAUUCAUGACUCAAUGUCACUGGCAUUUUCAGGUGGAGGUACUCGUCGAAUGCAUCACUUUUAGUCGCUAUUUCAAAUGCCAACUAUUUCAGGAUGUUCCUCGGCACAAUAUCGGCACUGGUGAAUGUAAUUGAAUUUGGAAUAAGCUCGUAUCUGUGAGACGGUAAGUGCCGUCGGCAAUGGGGUUAAGCGCUCUCCACUAUGUGCGAUAAUUAAAUUACAUCACCCCCUUGCCCGGGUCGAGUCAUCUGGGGGGUGAGUAUUCUGCACGCAAUGUCGCCCACAUAUUAUUAACUACCAAUGAUAUCGAUAAUUUAAUACUUGAUAUUAUCUUUUUCAAUUAAUAACCCAGAAAAGGAAAUGCUCUGUUCUAUCUGUGUUGGAAAAUUGAGAAUGAAGAGUAUUUAAAUUCAAUUAUUAAUAUGCAACUUUUAAAAAUAUUGAAAUAAAAAAUUUUUAUGUAAAUAUUAAUAAAAAUAUAUAGUCGUGGAAAAUAUUGAUACGUCAAGUGGAGUAAAAUGGAGUAAUAUGGACCCGUUAUUAUUAUUAUGCUUAUUAUUAUUAUUAUUAUUAUUAAAUAGUAAGUUUCAAUCGAAUUACUUAAUCCUCCAGAAGGUGCGAAGAUAAAAUCUCACUCGCUUCAAACAGACAGAAAUAUAUUUGUUGUUUAUACACAGAGACAAUAGCACUAAAUACAACUCGAACAAGUACACUGCAGUCACGAUAAUAACACCAUCAACAUUAUCCCCGCAAUGUGUUUAUGAACAAGCACUUUGAAAAAUUUUUCACGUCAAAUCCUCGAAAUAAUUCGCAUCCUUA